AUCAUCACUUUUUCGCGCACCAGUUCUUUGAUUGUUUGUCCAUGGUAUCAACGUAUCACUGCAUUAAAACACUACACACCAACCAGAGCACCCUGAGGCGAAACACUGCGGGUUCAGGUGCUCUGCUACAGUUGGCCUGCCCUGACUUUCCAUCAGGCUCCGCUGUCUCUGCUAGAGGACGUACACUUAUAAAGGAAGUUAGACAUCAAGCUGCACGGCCCCCUUCAAGCUCAACCCCUGCGCUAUGAGCAGAGGUAGAGGAGGGCCUCUCAGAGAACACUACCGCAGGUAUCCUCCACCCGACUCCCAGGCCAACGACAACUACCACAGAUCUGGCCCUCCCUCACUCCACCCUAGAGCUGGCCCUCAGCAGAACCCCUAUUCAAGUUACCACAACAGCCCUGUCCGUCCCGUAGUGCCCAUACAGCCACCCCCAGCGCCUUCUCUCAUCCCCUCCGCUUCACCUGUACCAAAGCACAGUAAACUGGACUCAAAACCAGAGGCUCUCUACAGCUCAUAUAAUCAGAAUCACGGUCCCAAUCCCGCCCCCAAUUCCUUUCAGUACCAACAGGCAGAGUUCCUCAGAGGGCACAGCUCUGAGGCGUCACAGUACAGAGCCAGUCCACGUGGAGGGGGAGGAGGAGGGGUACCAGACGGGCGUCCUAGUUCCUCAUACCAGCCACAGUCAGGCUACAGUAGAUACCCAUCACACCCCAACAACAGCCCAAGGGGUAGAUGGGGGUAUAGUCAGGACCAGACGUCUGUACACCCAGGAGCCCAGCGCGGCACCUCAGGUCCUCGGCACCCGAAUCAAAACCAGUAUCAUAGUACAAACCACAACCCAUACUCCAACAGACAGUGGCGUGUCCCAACAGACUCUGUGUGUGAUACUUUUCAGACUUUGUCCCUUCAUAGUGACAGGCCCAACAGAGGAGGAGAACGGUUUGACAGACAUUCUGCCUCCAGCAGCUCGGUAAAUUCACGCACAACUAAAGUUGACAUCACUCUCACUCCUGACAUCCAGGACGAAGUUCACAGGGCUUUGGCUGCUUUGAAGCCAAGCGAGUGUAUUGCUGCAAGACUGUUAGCCAAAAAACUCCAUCUGCCCAAAAAGAUAGUGAACAAGGCUCUUUACUUGUUGGAGCGCUCACAUAAAGCCUCCAAACAAGGACUCCACCCUCCAGAGUGGAGUCUUUGCAGAGAACCUUUCAGAGGUGAGGAAGCUAAAGCACAAAGUCCACCUUCCCAUCUGUGUGUGAGCUCAGGACACCCUCCAGAACCUGAGGCCAAGGUUGAUCUAAAAACAGAAACAGCAGAAAACAGCGGACGAAGCAAGGAAGAGGACUCUGACACAGAAUCCAGUUCUUCGUACUGCUCCUCUUUAGAGUCAUCUCACUCUGAAGAGUCCCAGUCACCGGCAGAAGGUCAGCACCAGGAGAAACAACAUCCCGUCACUACCAGCUCACCCGAUCCAGCACUUCCCGCAAUGGCAGAACAGAAGGAGCUAGUUCUGCAGUACCUAAUGGCUUCAGGGAAGGCAACUGCUCUUGUCAUCUCCAAAAAUCUGGGUCUUAGGGGUACGAAGCAGGUCAAUCCCACGCUCUACUCGCUGGAGAAGCAAGGUGAAGUCGUUAAGAGGAGUGGAGCUAGCCCGCCCACCUGGGAGCUCUCCACCCACCGCAGAGAGAGGAUGGAAAGGAGCCUUAAAGCCUCAAAGAGCAGCCGUGCUGAGGGGGAGCCGAUGUUGGUGGAACCCAGUAGAGAGCAGAAGAGAGGAGAGUCCGUCUUUCUGACCCCCCCACUGUUACCACCAAUGCCAGGCCUCGAGCCGCUGCCACUCCCAGAGGGUUGGAUGCCAGAGCAAAGUCAUAGUGAGGCAUCCCAAUCCUCAUUCAAGCCUCCCUCCAGAACCUCAUGUAAAGAGGAAGAGACCAACGAAGGCCAAUGGGCCACUGACGACAUCCCAGAAUUCCUCAACGCCAUUCGAAGAGAGACGGACGCUGGGAAACUGGCAGCAGAGAAGGCCAACUCUGUGGGAACUGUAGCUGUGUCGCUGGCUGCUCCACCUCCCCAGAACCUGUGGGCCAAAUUACAGGAGGUGAGGCUGAAGAACCCCGUCAGUGGCCUCAUGGAGUAUGCCCAGUAUCUGGGCCACAACUGUGAGUUCCUGCUCCUCGACCAGUCAGGACCCUCUCACGACCCAAGAUUUCGUAUGCAGGUGAUGCUCAACGGAAGGCUGUUUCCUAUCGCAGAAGCCUCCAGUAAGAAGGUCGCAAAAAAGGACGCCGCUGCGGCCACCCUGCGCAUUCUCAUUGGAGAGAUUCAGGCAGGGCCGAGUACGGCAGACGAGGGAAAUACUGUCAGUGCGGAACAAGCGGUGGAUAUCCUCCCAGACACAAGUGGGCAAGCUGAAGGCGCAGGGGGAAUUUUUGGGACUAGUAGUGUGGAAGGAAUGGGGACAGUGGAGGGACCUCGCCAGCCGCUGUCUCGCUCCCUGCCUGGUGGGAAGAAUCCGGUGUCCGUCCUGAUGGAGUACAGCCAGCGCAGCGGGAACCCCAUCGAAUUCAUCAUCACCGGGCAGGCGGGCCCACCACACGACCCAAGGUUCAUGUACAGGGUGAAGGUUGGAGAGAGCUUGUUUGCAGAGGCCUCGGCUCCAAGCAAGAAGGCAGCCCGUCAGCUGGCAGCAGAGGAGGCCGUCAAAGAAUUAAUGGCUGACGGGAGACUGCAGCUCAACAAGCCUCAGUUGCCUCUAGGCUCUUCCAGUGAUAGUGAUGGCAGUGGUUCUGGGACUACAUGUCCCUCUUUGCCACCUCUGACUGCAGAUGAGUUGCGAGCAGCACACGAGGCAGGGGUUGGAGAUCUCAUUAACCACUUGAACAACAACGCAGUGUCGGGUCUUCUGGAGUACGCUAGAGCCCGGGGCUUCGCUGCCGAGAUCAGACUAGUGGGCCAGUCUGGACCACCACAUGAGCCUAAGUUCACCUACCAGGCCAAGCUGGGCGGACGCUGGUUCCCUCCAGUGUGUGCGUCCAACAAGAAGCAGGGAAAACAGGAAGCAGCAGAUGCUGCUCUACGUGUUCUGAUUGGAGAGGCUGAGAGAGCAGCCCGCACUGGGGAGCUUAUCCCAGCUGAGCUUCCAGUGAGUGGCAGCACUUUGCAUGACCAGAUAGCAAUGUUGAGUCACCAGCGUUUCAACGCCCUGACCACACGUAUCCAGCACAGCCUUCUGGGACGCAAGAUUCUGGCCACCGUCGUCAUGAAGGGGGAGGGCCUGGGGACUGUUGUCAGCCUGGGAACUGGAAAUCGCUGUGUCAAAGGGGAGGAGCUGAGCCUUAAAGGGGACACGGUUAAUGAUUGCCACGCUGAAAUCAUCUCCAGAAGGGGAUUUGUUCGGUUUCUGUACAUUGAGCUGCUCAAGCACUAUGAGGGCACAGACGACAGUAUAUUUGAGCCAGCAGAGGAUAACAAACUGCGAAUCAAAUCUGACAUCACUUUUCACCUCUACAUCAGCACGGCACCUUGUGGGGAUGGCGCCCUGUUCGACAAGUCAUGCAGUGAGGCAGGGGAUGAAGUCGAGGGCCAUCAGCCUCUGUUUGAGAAUGCUAAGCAGGGAAAGCUCCGCACCAAAGUGGAGAACGGCGAGGGCACCAUCCCGGUGGAGUCAAGUGCCAUUGUGCCCACGUGGGACGGCAUCCAGCACGGUGAGAGGCUUCGAACCAUGAGUUGCAGCGAUAAGAUCCUGCGCUGGAACGUGUUGGGUCUGCAGGGAGCACUGCUCACCCAUUUCCUGCAUCCAAUCUACCUGAAGUCAAUAACGCUUGGCUAUCUGUACAGCCACGGUCACCUCACACGUGCUGUCUGCUGUCGGCUGGCCAGAGACGGUGAAGCAUUCACCCAAGGUCUCCCUCCUCCCUUCAUGCUAAAUCACCCAGAGGUGGGCAGGGUGAGUGUGUACGACUCCACACGGCACACGGGCAAAACCAAGGAGUCCAGUGUGAACUGGAGCUUUCCAGACCAGCACAGUGUAGAGGUGCUGGACGGGACCAAGGGCAAACUGGAUGGGAACAAGCUGAGUGUGUCCAGAGUGUCCAAGUCCAACCUGUUCUGUCUGUUCCGCACUGUCUGCCAGCGGAGCGGCCGCACUGACCUCCUCACACUGCCCUCCUACUCCCAGGCCAAGUUGUCGGCCAUGUCCUUCCAGCUAGCCAAGCAGAAUUUCUUCCGAGCUCUCAGCGGCCACGGCUACGGCGCCUGGAUCGGCAAGCCGCUGGAAGAGAAGAGCUUUGAGUCAGGGGAGGGAAACAGGAACAAUGGAGCAAAUGUCCCCGUGGGAUACGGCAGCAGUAGAAAUGGAGGAGCAGUGGAGAUCAAGCAAGAAGAGGCAUAGAAUGGUGCGGAGUGCAUUAUAAAGUGGGGGAUAUAUUUGAGGAGGGGGGGAAAGCACAAGGCAAGGGCAGAUCGGAACGGUGGAUGUGACGGGGAAAAAAAGACAAUCUAACUAUGCGUAGGCAGCAGCCGGAAGUGUAUCUUCUGAUGAACAUGGUUAAAGGCUGCUGAGGAAGACUGAUGGAAAGAGACGGAAUAAAAGCGAGGAAGAUGGCAAGGGCAAAGCCUGAAGGAUGAGCGGGGUCACAGGACACAGAGGGAGCUGCAGAGAGAUCCAACGGGUGAACAGAAUCAUGUGAACUCUACAUGAAAAAGGAAUUAGUUUGAAGUCAGUAAGUCACUAUGUAAAACACUGCUACAAAUCUUGGUUGUAUUAGUUUGCAAAACAGUUACUUUUGUUUUUCCUGUGUACAGUUUUGUACCCGUGGGUUGGUAUCAAGUUGUAAUGUCAGUUUUUAUUUUGUCAUUGCAGUGUUUGGCAUAUCCUGCCAUUAUUUUCCCUCUGUUCUACUUGGUAUAUGAAACUAUUUUUGCAUUUUUCUGACUAUUCCAAGUGCAGUUGGGACCCAGCUGACUUGGCCUCUUUAGACUGCUGUUGUCUAAUUUUGCCAUGAGAACUUAAGUGGCUGACAUGUGCUGCUAAAAGGCAAUCAACCUAAUACGACCCACCAUUGUAGCAGUGUUUGUAAUUGUGAUUAAGUUAAUUUACAAUUUAAGUUCUCGGUCAUGUAGUGCUUCGUUUUGUUUCUGUUCCCUAUUUAGUGCUGCAUUGAAACACAAGCGGCUGCUUUUAGAACAGCGAGCGGACACAAUGGGAUGCUCUCAGCAGGAAUCUUGAGUUGUGAAAAUUGCACUCCCCCUAGAUAGAUGUCACGAGUGAACUCGUCCUUGCUCAGCACAGCUUUCACUGUACAUAAGAAGAACAUCAAUGCAAGCUUUUACUCUGAUCAGUGACUUACCAAACAUUCGCUGUCCAACAUUUGAGGCUUUCGGUCCUAAAGCCUUCGAUCAGGCCCCUUUCUGAGUAAAAUUUAAACUUACUGUAAUCCCUCAGCCACUCAUCCAUCCGUGUGCUGUUGCCAUGGUUACCAAUAGCAUAUCAUGCCAGAGCGCCCUGUUGGUCAAUCCCAUAAUGUCUCUGUUAUUUUGGGUUUUUAUAUAGAAUAACUGAUGUCAGGACCUUUUAAGAAGUACAAUAUUUCUGUUAUUGCUCGUGUAUUUUUGAGUAUUUCUACUUUUAUCUUCACUUCCGGCAAAAAAGUUCAUAAGUAGCCGGCCAUGCAAGCAAAUCCUGGAGAGUAUCAUCUGUCCUGAAUAUUGUUUUGGUUGUUUUUUUUAAGUCUCGAUACAAACAGGCUUUUAGGUUCUCUUGCAUGGCCAGUUUCUGAGGACUGUUAGGUGAGGAAUGUGUUGUUGUCUGAGAGUGUGUAGUCUGUUUUUGAUUUUGUUAUGUGUAGAUGAAUGGUGCAAUAUAUACAUCGGGUAUAUACAAAUACAUGAUCACGCAGAUGUUAAAGUGGGGUCCAAAAGCCUGAGUCCAGUUCCAAAAACUCCUAACUAACAGAAAUGUAAAGUCAAACGCAUUUAUCUUAAUAUUGCAGUGUUGUUCUUUUUAUGAAAGAAGUGACAUUUUUAUUCAUUUAUCUUUUUUUGUAGUAUUUCAGAAUCGAUUUUUUUUCUAGCGCCCUUUAAUAUUUCAUCAGAGAUGCACUGUGAUAGCUUGAUGUAACAAUUUGUCUCAGAUAUGUUUAUUGUGUUUGAGGUCAGGUAACUAAAGAGGGAAAGCUGUGAAAGUCAGCACUCCGAUACUUAAAACUUUUUUAUGUAGCAUUUGAUUGUAAAACCCAUUGUUUUGAUGGAAAAGGAAGGUUUUAAGCUUGAAGUAAUGUGUGUCCGUGUGUAGUUAUCUCUCCUACUGCAGCCCUAAAGUUAAGUUUUAAUUGACUUUGUUACUGUCUUCAGCGGUGAUUCAUACUAUUGUUUGCGCCUUAAUAAAGACAAUAGACUCAGACUUAAAAACAAGUAGACAGAAAGACCUUUAUCAAGUUUCACUGCAAUAGGAAUUACACAUAUAGAAAAACAAUAAUUUUUAGUUUUGCAUUUCUUUAAAGAUUACAUUAAUUUGAUUCAAACCAGCUCUUAUGUAUUUGAAUACAAAUACUUUUAUCUUUCAAAUGUAAAGUUCUUGGUACUGGACUCCGACUUCUGAACCCCACUGUAUGCAAACAUAGAUGUUUUAUUAUAAAGAUGUAUAUAUGUCUGUGUGUAUGUAUUUGUAUAAUUUUAAUGUAUAUAUUUUGUAAAUCAUCUACAAUUGUAUUUCUAUAUGUUUUAAUUAAACUGCAAAGGAAUAUGCUGUUUUUUUUACGAAUUAUAUUUAGAAAGUUAAAAAAAAAUAUUAAAAAGUGAGUAGCAAUGUUUAAUUGGAGUGUUGAGUUUCUGAUAUUUUCUUUUUAUCAAUGUCUGUUAUACUGUCUUUAUUUAUUUGUCCAAGACAAAGUUUUGAAUUAUAUUAAUGCUGAAACAAUGACAUGAAAAAGAGUUUCUAGUCUGACAGUUUGAGUGAGUAUGAGGUGCAAGUUUUUACAGCAGGAGCUCCUCUCCUCGGGUUGGCAUUUGGGUCCAGUCUGGCCUCCAGAAAGCCAAAGAGCCCAUUGCAAUGCUCCAAAGGAUCAGCAGAUGGAAACAUAUCCUCACCUUAGGGCAGGAAGCUGUGUGUGUGUGUGUGCAUGUGUAGAAACGCUUCAUGAAAUCAGCCCCAGGUUGUUGUUAUUUUCAGGCUGUGUAAGUCUGAGUGGUAUAUUUGAUUCAACUUUAUCAUCACUGCAUGCAAAUAGCAUCUAACCAGAGGCAAAUAGCAUCUAGAGUGCAUAUAGAGAUAUGUAAAGAUAAACAAUAGACCAUUUUGGUAGUGAUAGUAAGCACGGAUGUGAUGUAUACAAAAGAAUAUAAAAAAAAUGUAAAGCAGCUAAUGAUAAUGAGGA